AUGAGUGCAAGACGUGUGCAGAGAGAUGAUGUUACUAAUGAGCUGCCAAACAUCGCUGCUGAGAUCGCACAGCGGCUCUCUACAUUGAGUCAUGGACAUGGCGUGGCUCGGACAGCAGGACCGCUAUGUACAGUUGAUGACGUCAUCAACAGUCUCAAAGACCUGUAUGUCACAGAGUAUGCGAGCGUGCGGCCUCUUCCGUGGUGUGAAGACCUCAACUUGCCAUUGGGAGAAGUCUACACCAACCUGCGACAUCAACGUAGGGGCAAUUGGGGGUACUUCCAUGACACUUGUACUAUUGUAAGCUUAGAAGAUAUUUUCAAGACGAACCAAGCUAAAGCUAAGAAUGUUCAUACCAGGGGGGCUGUUAGAAGGAUAAGGGUAGAGGGGGAUCCCGGUAUUGGGAAGUCGUGCUCUUGUCAGAAACUGGCUCAUGAUUGGUCAACUGGGAAACUAGAUAUUUUCAAGACUGUUUUCUUUCUUGAAAUGCGACACAUGUCUGGAAAUGUUAAAGACGCGAUAAUUGAGCAGCUCCUACCAGAAGAUAUAAACAUUACCCCGGACCAGCUCUGGUCCUACAUCCGAGAGAACCAGGAUGAUGUUCUCUUCAUCCUGGACGGUCUAGAUGAGCUCAGUCAGACAGCUAAGGAAGUCACAGAUGUGGUGGCCUUGAUUCAAGGUAAAAUCCUCCGAAACUGUCAUGUCCUGGUGACCUCCAGGCCGUACCACUGUGUCAAAGACCUGGAGAAAUGUCACGAGUUUUACAAAAUCGUUGGCUACACCAGAGAGAAUUCUGUUCAAUUCAUAGAGAAAUACUUCAAUGAGACACCUGAAUCUGCCAUAAAGGUAGUGAAACAGCUUGAAUGUAACCCAAAUUUGUCGAGAAUAAUUGUUAAUCCCCUCAACAAUGUACUGGUAUGUAUUGUCUGGGAAGACAAUGAGGGGAAGUUGCCUUCCAGCAGAGCUGAAUUGUAUGAAAUGAUUGUAUAUUCAGUUGCCAAGCGAUACUGUGCAAAGAAAGACAUUCCAUUAGAAAGGAAUAAAAUUCCCCCAAACAUAGAAGAAGCAUUGAAAUGCCUGGGGAAACUGUCCUGGGAGGGACUAGAGCAGGAUCGGCUUCAGUUUAACAUAGAUGAUAUCAAAGAGAAGUAUGGACAGAAUGCCGAUGACAUGUUGGCUAUCGGCUUACUGACAAGAGAUUACUCUUUCUCCAGAAUCAAACGCACCUGCUUCUGUGCUUUCUUGCAUAAAACAUUUCAGGAAUACUUGGCUGCCUGGUACAUCCGUGAGUUAGUCAAAAGGGAGAGUAAAGAGGGUAAAGAAUGUCUUCGUAGUGUGUUUGGGAUGACAAAUUCUACAUCAAGUAAUGUUGACAUGAAACUGAUGUCAGCAAACCGUGAGAGGUACAGAGAGGUUCAAAACAUGUUGCUUGCGAUGCUGGGUGACAGUUCAGGCCCGCUGUUUGAAAUGUUUGCAGAGGAACUUAGGAAAGGGAGUAAAGGGGAGGACAAGGAUCUUUUGUCCUUUAUCUGUAUCAUGUUUCUUGGUAGAGCUUGUGAAGAUGGUAGGGCAGACUGUAGAAUGGCGGAGAUUGUGACACCUUGUUUGCCACAGCACAUAACUAACGACUUGAGGAAGUAUGGAGAUAAUGAUAUCUUUGAUGUGCAAGAUCUUGCUGAGUGGAUUGGAGGUUUGAUACAAGUAAUCAGAUGCCAGAGCACAUUGGCUGUGAACCAUGAUCCAAGGUUGAUACAGCAACUCACGGUUAACAACGAGUAUGUGAAAUAUAACAAUUUGCAACAACGUCAAGUCGAUAUGUUAGAAGACGCAUUAUCAGAUUGUGAUACAAUCAGUUGUGUGACAAUACUUCAGCCCGAAACUUUGAUGGGGGGGAUGCCGUACAUGUCAUCAGACCGACACAGGUACUCCCCGUUUCGUACAUUCAUACCACGACGUGGGACAGAAAGUGUGCACAUAGAUUUCGGAAACACUGACGACUUUGAUUCUGUGCCAGUGGAAACCAUGUUGGAGGAAUUAUCAGAAAUACAGAGCUUACAACAUGUCAACAUCAACAUAGGGAGAAACGUGGGCCCAGACUUCUCACAUUACGACUCACUGUUCUCAGUCUUGCUUACAAGACAGAGUUGUCUCAGGUCCGCAAGGCUGAAGAUAGAUCAGUGGAUUUGGUCAGAAGAACCAAGAGGGUUUGGUAACCUGACAGCAACCCUAACAAGUAUCUCUGAGCAUGCAGCACUCGAGGUCGUGGAGCUAGAACAUCCGGUGAACAUCGAGUGUUUCGGGGAUGGGGUGUGUUUCGAUUCGCCAGCUGAUACGUCCGUCAGGCUUGUGGCACUUGAUGUCGAGACAAUGGUACAAACGCUUACGGCAUGUCUGUCUACAAACAAAACGCUUAAAAGGCUACGGCUUACCUGGAAAAUUGCGAUGCGUACUCAUUUUUUAUACAGCUUGUUUAAGACUUCUUAUACAACAUAUAAGGGAAUUUGUAGUAGACAGUCUCUUUCCGACCUAUGUUUGGCGAUACAGGGGAACAGAACCUUGGAGAUAUUGACGAUUGAUGGCAUGUUCUCUGAAUCAGAGGGUCAUCAGGAGAUAAUCGACCAGCUAAUGUGUAAUAAACCUGCAAACUUUGAGGAACUCAGAAUCAGUAUGUUUGAUUCUGAGGAGUACAAUAAGCAGCCUCACUAUCAAGAGUACGGUUCUGACUCUAUUUACAGCUAUAUAAAGGCAAGUUAAAGAAACGAUGCAUAUGACUAACGUUGAAUCUAUACAGUGGUCCACAUAGUACAUUCGUGUCUCUAACAAGUAGAAGGAAGUUAGCCUCACGAAUAAUUUCUAAAUUCAGAGGGAGGUCAUCAGUAAUAACAUCCUGUACGCCUUACACAGACGUAGUAUCAUAUUCUUAGGAAGUUUAAAAUGGAGACCUACACACGAGUACGCACCUGACAAGAGCGCCGCCGUACACACUCUAGCAUUGAUGUCACAAUGCUGAUAAAUUCCGAUGGGAUGGCAUUUGCUUCUUAAGAUUCUACCAAGAUUUCUCAUAUUAUGAUGGCUAAUUGGAUAUUUCUAAUUUGUGUUUAACAUAGCAGGGAGUUGCAAGGCAUCUAUGGAUAGCACAUUUUUUCUUAACAGAAUGGAAAAUACACUUUUAUAACAUUAGAACGAACAGAAAUCUGUGAGAUGAGGUCAAUGAAAGAAACCAAAGAAAAGAACGAAGUUCUUCCUCUAUGCCAUGGCUAUCACUAACAGUAUAACAGGUUCUUUUGUACUUAUC